AUGGCCAUCACCAACGUCACGGCUGUUGGCCAGGAUGGGGAGAAACUGGAACCCUUGUGUAUCGCUGAUGGGAAUGUAAACUCUAGGGGAAUAUCUUUAGCAUCAAGUGUACAGCUGGCCUAUGAGUCACCUAUAUGUGAAUACCCCAAAAAGCCCCCUUUGGACAGAGACUUCUACCAGCAAGCCAUGAAGGUUAAACGGGGACUGGUCUUCUUGCGGGAGAAAAAGGUGCAAAGCAAAAAGUGGGAAAGGUGGUGGGUGCGGCGGGUGGAGCAGGGCGCGCGGCGCGCGGACACCCCUGCACCCUGCCCCCCCCCGCCGCCGGGCCGCCGGGCUCCCCCUCCCCUGGCGUGGCCUCUCCCCCGCGCCCCCUCCCCCGCCGGGCCGGCCGGGCCGCGGAGCCGCCGGGAGAGCGCGGGGCGCGGGCGGCGGGGCAUGGCGCGGAGGCGGCGCGGGCGCUGCGGGCGCUGCGGGCGCUGCGGGCGGCGCGGGCGGUGCGGGCGGGGGGCGCUGCUGGCCUGCGCGGCGUGGACGGCGGGCUGGGUGCUGGCGGCCGCGCUGCUGCUCCGCGCGCACCCGGGCGUCCGCUCCGAGCGCUGCACGGAUGAGAAGAGCCGGCGCAUCCUGGCCGCGCUGUGCCAGGAGUACCAGGGCGGGGUGCUGGUGGGCGACCUCUGCGAGGACCUGUGCGUGGCGGGGCAGCUGCGGUACCAGCGCUGUCUGUACUACGAGCGGGGCAAGAAGGUGCUGCAGGCCACCUGGCGCGGCCGGCCCAUCAUCCUCAAGUCCAAGGAGGAGGCUUUCUCCAGCUUCCAGCCGCUCAGCUUGCCCGAGGACGCGGCCGAGGAGGGCGGCCCGGACGCCCUGGAGGCAGAGCUGCACCUGCUGGUGGCCGGCGAGGUCAGGAACGCCCUGGGCCUGGAGCUGUCGGGCGGCAGCCUGGGGCCGCUGUGGCCGGGGCGGCGCGGCGGGGGGCGGCGGGGCCAGCUGGCCAGCCUGUGGGCCCUGCUCCAGCAGGAGGAGUUCGUGCUCUUCAGCCUCCUGCAGGACCUGAGCCGGCACGCCCUGCCCGUGCUGGGCUCCUGCGGCCACUUCUACGCCGUGGAGUACCUGGCCGCGGGCAGCCCCCGCCACCGGGCCCUCUUCCCGCUCGAGGGGGCCGCGGGGGUCCCCCGGGGUGGCCGGGGCCAGGCCAGGGCCGUCAGCGACAUGGCGCUCAGCUUCCUGGACAUGGUGAGCCACUUCGAGGAUGACUUUGCUCACCGCCUGCACCUGUGCGAUGUCAAGCCCGAAAACUUUGCCAUCAGGAGUGACUUUACGGUGGUGGCCAUUGAUGUGGACAUGGCCUUUUUUGAACCCAAAAUGAGGGAAAUUCUCGAGCAGAAUUGCACAGGAGAUGAAGACUGUAAUUUCUUUGACUGUUUUUCAAAGUGUGAUUUGCGAGUCAACAAGUGUGGAGCAGAAAGAGUGAACAGCAACUUACAGGUCAUCUGCGACAAGAUAUUCCGCCACUGGUUCUCCUCGAGUCUGGGGAGCUGGGCCAUACCCUUCCCACUGCAGCGGCAGUUGCGGGACGCGGUGCAGGAGUGCGCCGACCCUUGGAGCAUGGCCCGCAGCCCCCCGAGAGCAGCCUCUGACGUGUUCUGGAAGCUUCGGAGUCUCCUCCGAGCCACGCAGAGGGAACUGCAGGAGGCAGAGAAGUAGCUGCUGCCGUGGCCUUGGAUGGACCCCCUCCACAUUGUCGUAAGGAGGAGACGGUCCUCCCUGCAAAUGCCCCCCCCAACCCCUCCACGAGCCGUCCCUGUGCUCUCCUGACGUGUGAGCUGCUGGUGCUCAGCCUUGGGAGCAAGGGAUUCCAGCUGGCCUCCCUGCAAACGUGGCUGCAUUUCAAAAAGUGCACACAAGCAAGUACAGGUGUUUGCAUAGGUGCACUUGCAUGCGUGUGUGAGCGUGAGCAUGAGCAGGUGAGUGCGUGAGGCUCUGGGGUAGAGAGAGGUGCUUUCCCCAGCCUGCCCAUGGGGACAGCUUGCCUGGCUGGAAUUUGGAAUUAAAUACAAUAAAAAAAAAGUUGCAUCUUUAGGAAACAUAAUGUGUAAGGAGAGGAUGUGUAAGGACAGCAUUUAGCAGUUUGCAUUUGAAGAAGUUUUCGGACAGUGUUUUAGGGAGCACCUGACUGCUCACCCCAGUGCAUCUGCCUUUGGAGCAGGACUUGCAGGCUUGUUUGCACUAUGUUGACUUGCCCUGAGGAUUGGAGAUAGUGCAAGUGCCGAGGUUAGGCAUGGACUUCGGGCAGGGUCAGAGGCUGACCGGCCUGUCCAUGAAUGAAUACAGAGCCCUAGGUGACACGCCAUGCUGGCAGGUGUCCUCGAGCCCUAGUGAAGCUCCUGCAGGAGCUGAGACACGAGGUCCCUCCUGGGACAGGUGGAUGAAACCGCCGGGAACCAGCCAGGGAUCCCCUGGGGAGGGACUCCUUUCUACGGCACACCCAGGAGGAAGCUGGUGUGCCACACAUAACCGGCUGGUCAAUCGAGAAAGACGCUAGGAGAGGAAAAGGAAAUGGUUGAUGGCUUACAAAUUGAAGACGACAAAGUGAUCUGAAGGUUAAAAAUCCCAGAUUGACGAAUUCCAAGCUAUUUCUCUUUUCCUUGCCCUGCGCCUUCCGGGUGCAGACAAAAAGGGGCUGCAGUCUUGUGUUCAUUUGGAUGCAUUUCUCCAGGUGCCAGCUGGUCUGCGUUCUGUGGGUCCUGAGCACUGUUGUGUGAAUGCCUGUGGUCACCUGCAGUGCCCCCCCAACCUGUCACUACUGGCAGGGUUCGUAAGGGCCCUCCGAUCCUGCAUAUGGAUGCCUCACCCUGCAUUUGUAGUCUUUGGCAGGAGGGAAAACCUACGAAGUCCCCUCUGUGGCAGACCUACAUUAAAACUGAGGUUUGAUGCACAGCCCUCGGACUGGUAGAUUCUACAGUAAAGGAGAACCGGCUCUUGUCUACUGAGCAAAGACUCUGGCUCCUCCAGGGCUGUGCUCUGCACAGCGGUUUUCUGCAGUGGAAAUGGUCUCUUUGAACCCGCGAACCACUAAUCAGCUUCUCUGCAGCAAGAUUUCCAUGAAGUCAGGCAUGAAAUGAAGGGUGAGCAAGCAAGGGAGGGGCAGGGGUUUUGCGGUCUGUGUUCCUAAAACAAUUGGCUUUUGCAACAUGACAGCAAAGAGGUCUCCUGCGGGUUGACCCUGGGAUGGCAGCCCCUCAUUAGCGUGGGCUCUGAGCCAUCUGGCUGGGCAGCAAAGCUGGCUUGUGAAAGGGAAAAUGUUCCUUUUCAUUUAGACCAAAAUGGAAGCAAAUGUUAUUGUUUAUCAUGGAGACUAUGCAACGUGUAAUUAUCCGACACAAUGGUGUUCUUAUUGCUGAAAACAGCAGUUUGAGCCUUAUGCCCUGUGUCUGACCACCUCAUCUAUCUCUCUUUCUCUCUCUCUCUCACACACACACACACGCACAUGCACACGCACACAGACACGAGCCCUCCCUUCCCAUCCCACCCGGCAAAUUCCAUGAAAUGCCAGUGGACUCCUAAACUAUCUGUGGGUUUUGUUUUGUUUUUAAUUUCAAACCCUUGCAAAAUAAUGCUUGUAUAUAAUACAAUGAACAAAUUCUGUUGUGUCAGUAUUUAACAUUUUUAAUGUGACAAGUGAGAUUGUUUCAGGCUUAUCUGGUUGAGCAAAUGCCCUACUUGCAGGAAAAGGUCUCCAUAAAUGAUUUCUGUGUUUUGUUUUAAUAACACGCAGAGUAGAAAAAAACUCUCCUAAGCUGUGUCCUCAAAGAGGAGUAGGUUCAGCAGAUGCAGGCUCUUCCUUUUUAGGUUUUACCCAAAUCAAUACAGCUGGUGCAUCAGAAGUUGGUUUUCACCAUGUAUCUUGAUAACAUUAUAAUUGAAAUUAUCUUUUGAUGAAACGACUCCAGAUUGUAGGCCCUGUACAGUUCCAGUGGGCAUGCCGUAACUGCACAGAAAUUGUGGGUGGCUACGGACUGUGUGAUAAAAGCCAGUCAGAAAGAGGUCAGAUGGCCCCCUGAUGUUACAGGGAGGGAGUAGCAAGCAGUUCACAGAGGUGCCACCUCCCAGAAGUCCUCCAAGCCUGCCUCAACAGCAUGCUCAACACCAGCCUGCCCAGCUUCCCGGGAACACUCAGGAUGAAUGCCUGGGAUGUUAAAUUAUUGGAAAAACAGCUUUUGUUCUUUUUUUUUUUUUUUAAUUGAUUCAGAAGCUGUUCUUUGAGCAGUUGGGGGUGGUGGGGGAGUUUAGCUGGAAGUUUUUCUUUUUUAAGAUUAUUUAUUUAUUAAUUUGAAAGAGAAAGCACAAGCAGGGGAGAGGGGUGGAAGGAGAGGGAGAAGCAGGCUCCCUGCUGAGCAGGGACAUGAUGCAGGACUUGAUGCCAGGACCUUGGGAUCAUGAUCUGAGCGGAAGCAGAUGCCUCACCAAUGGAGCCCCCCAGGUGCCCCUGGCUUGAAUUUUCUGAAUCCAAGGACCACAUACAGGAGCCGUUACUUUUCCUGCCUGGGACCCCACCUGUGGGUGAACACAUGCCACCCUGGAUGGGAACACGUGUAAGUUGUCUCAGCUUUUGGGCUCUGGAAUCCGAGCACAAGUCUUCAACAUUGGCCCAAGGCCUGACAUUGGCCUUAGCCCUGCUCCUUGCAUUUUCCGGGUGGAGGGUACUUUACCCUGCUACAAAGCGUUGGAGCUGAGCUUCCCAAGAGAUCCCACAGGAAGAUGGGGACCGGGGAGUGCACAUGUUUGCUGAGGUUCCCAUUUGAGUUUCCUGAGGGGGCAGCUGAUCAGGAGUGCCAGGGGGUCUCUGAACUUCGGAACAUCGGAACAUGCCUGCCCCUCCCUCCGCUUCUCCACGAGCUCUGGGUCCGCCAGCGUCCCCGUACUCCCGCGGUCUAGGGGUCAAGCUCAGGGAUCAGACGAGCUAAAGCUCUGAGUUAACACCAUUUAUCAGCGCUGUGACAAUGGCAGACCUUUCUUGCCUCAGUUUCUCCAUCUGUGAACAUAUUGACGUUUGUAGUGUCGUAUAUUAGGGGUGCCGAGGAUGGAAUGAGAGCGUGCGUGGGUGAGUGGCAUACUUGGAGAGCCCUGUGACUGGUCAUUUUCAGCCAUCUGAAGCCGCAAGGCUGUUUUGGGGGGGGGAUAUGAGGCCUGCUUCUUGCCAGUGUCUCCUGGUCUCCUUUCUCUGCAAAGGCUCCUGCCCCUCUUUGUCUAAUAACCUCACUGUGAGCUAUGAGGACAGUCCCUAGGCCCUGGUCACACAGGGUUGAUGCUAACCCAGGGCUUCCGGGUGGAGGGGGCUUGGGCCCUGCCUCACGUCUAGCAGAACUUCACGUGGGCCCAGGUGUAGGUCCUUCGACAAUGUCCACAGCAGAGGGUGAUGCAUGUCACCAGUCUGGCGGCUGGUAGAGAGCUUCUGUCGGGGACUGUUUGUGGCUCCCCCAGCCUCCCCUCCCCACACCCCGAUGAAUUCUUGUCCUGAAACCAAAUGCCCUGGGUGCUGGUGCAAGGAGGCAAGGCCUUUGGGAGAUGAUUAGGUCGUGAGGGUGGCACUGGAGUCAUGGGAUUAGUGGGCUCAUCAGAAGAGAUACCAGAGGGCCAACACUGGGCCCUGCCUCCCCUCCCCCCAUCACCUCCUCUCGCCUCCCCAUCGCAGCCUCCUCCCUGCCUGUCCUGUGUCUCCCUGGCUCUGCCCUGAGGACACGGUGAGAAGGCAGCAAACCACCAACAAAGCUCCCACCAGAAACCGAAGUGGCUGGCCCCUUGAGUUCGGACAUUUAGCCCCGAGAUCUGUGCAUGAGGAGCGGAUGUGCGCUGUCCACGAGACCCUGGAGUCUGUGCUUGUGUUGCAGCAGCCCAAGCUGACCCCGAGGCCUUCCUGGCUCUACACCUGCCCAGAGGGCUUCUCACAGUGUGGCUGUGCCUGCCACAGGGCCUCUGGCCGCAGGGUCGCUGCCAACCACUCAGCCCUGGGCAUGCAGGUGCCUCCCGAGCCAGGGCAGAGGCGGCUCACCUGCAGUCGACGUCACGGCCACGAAGCCGAGCGCCAGUGGCUCCCAGUAAAUCCAGCACGGUGGGAGGGGGACAGCCCGUGACCCGCAGCUAGCACCUGGCCACAGGCAUCAGGAGGCCCAGGCCCCGCAGAGGCCGCCGUGUGUCCGUGUCUCCCCAGGGCCUGCCUGCUCUCAGUGCCCGAACUCUCGAUGCUUCCAAAAGGCCUUCCAAGCCAGGGCUGCAGGUGGGGAAAAACCCGUGGGGUACUGAGGCUCGGGGUCCCCACCCUCAUCUCUCCGUCCUGUCUUCCUGUAGCAGAAACAGGAGAGGGGCAAACUGCUGCCUUGGGAUCAAGCAAGACUCAGGACAGAUGGGCAGUUCUGAUUUUUAAAAUUGAUUAACAUGAGGGCACCUGGGUGGUUCAGUGGUUGAGCAUCUGCCUUUGGCUCAGAGCAUGAUCCUGGGGUGCUGAGAUCGAGUUCCACAACAGGGUCCCCAUGGGGAGCCUGCUUCUCCCUCUGCCUGUGUCAUGAAUAAAUCAUCAACUUUUUUUCUAAA